UAGUGUUGCUAGGCAACAAUCAGUUCUUCCGCCAUUUUUUCUGAUACAAAGUUGGGCCCGAGCUUUGUUUUCUUCAUAGAAAAUGAGUGACGGUGAUAUCUCUGAUGAGAGCUUGUCUGAUAAAGGCUCAGAUGAUGAAGUAGCUCCUGCAGCUCCGCCAGAAGAUGAAGAGCCUUCUUCUCCUACUGAAGCUAUCCCAACCUCUCAGAGCAGCGAAUUGGAGUCCAUUCAACGUGACGCUACUCUUCUUAAGUCCAUUGUCUGUCUCUCUGAAGUAUCUAAAGACGAUUGGACGAGUGAACACGACAGUCAUUUAGCUAAUUAUGCGAGGGAUCCAACUCAGAAACUACUUGUGAUCUACACUGAUAAAGAGAGGGGCCUCCUUAUAAAGGACUCCUUCCCAACCAGCCCUGCACCUGAACUGUUUUAUUUCAUAAGGAUGGCCAAUGAAGCUGUGACUAGGGAGAAUCUAUUGCAUGUAGUUCAGUUUGGUUCUCUCAUCCCAGAUCAUGUUAAUGGUUUGCUGCGAGUCAUGAAUGCCAUCUAUACUCCUGUCUUUUUUGCAAACACUACCUGGCCUGAAGGCGUGCGAAAUGAGUUUUUCAAUCAGCUGCACAAGUUCUUGGCUCAUCUAACCGAUGCCCAGCACAAGACUGUCGGUCACACUGUCCUCUAUGUCCCUGACGAAGGACCUCUAAUGACUGACCCUGAGUCAUACAAGAACAAAGACUUUGUCCAAAGGAUGGAGAUUAUUAUGAUCCACUGGACAAGACAGAUCAAAGAACUGAUCAACAGUCAAGAGAGCCUUGAAAGUGCCGAGACAUCAGGUCCUCUUCAAGAGAUAGAGUUCUGGAGGGCACGGAGCGAAGACCUUUCAGGUCUUACUAAGCAGCUGUCACAGCCUGGGGUAGCUGCUGUCACUAAUAUACUAGAAAGAGCCAAAUCAUCAUAUCUUGAUCCAUUCAUUAGACUCUCUCAACAAAUCCAAGAAAGUCAUUUUAAGGCUCAGAACUGUCUGAGGUUUCUAUCAACAUUAAGUGAUCCAUGCACUGAUUUAGCUAACGCUGAACCAAAGGAUAUCCCUAAGCUACUCCCUCGCUUAUUGAACAACAUGCGAGUGAUUUGGGUCCAUUGCGAACAUUAUCACAGCAGGGAGAGACUAACUGCUCUUUUAAGAAAGAUGAGCAGUGAAAUAAUAGCUAGAUGUCGCUCCAAGAUCUCCUUGAGUGAUAUAUUUGACGGACAAGUUGAAAAGUGUAGAGUAUUUCUGACGGAGUGCAUUGAUUGCUCCAUCAAGAGGAUUGUUGAUCAUCGGACUGUUGACUUGUAUGCCAAGUUUGUCGAGGAACUCAAUUUAGUCAAGAAAGAGUUCAGCCAGCAGUCUCCUGUCCUCCCUCGCUCUCAGCCUAACUUUGCAGGCAUGGCGUCAUGGGCACGUCUACUCAAGAAGAGAAUCGAUCUACCAAUGAAGGCUCUUGAGUCUGCUUUCUUCCUACAUGAGAAAGGACAGGGCGAAGAGGCUAAGCAACAAUAUCUUCAGCUAGCUGCCGUACUUGAAGAAUUCAUUGGUAAGAAUUUCAAUGACUGGGUCGUAACGGUUGAGAAAGAAUUAAAUAAACUAUUGGACCAGCCACUAAUGUUGAGGUCUACACAUAAGCCUGGACGUAUUGAGAUGCAUUUUAACCGGACGCUGUUGAGACUAUUUGGAGAGAUGAGUUACUGGGAGAGGCUAAGGUUUGAGAUGCCUCACUAUGCAAUGGAGGUGUACUCAAAAUGCGAGCAACUUCGAGUUCUCAGAGAAAACGUCAUGUUAGUUAUUCGAGACUACAACGGCAUCAUCACUAGCCUACAGCCUAACGAGAGGGCCUUGUUUAGAGAAAGAAUCCGCUCCCUAGACAAAAAGAUACAACCCGGUUUUUCAAAGUUGACUUGGGUCUCCGAGGGCGUCUUAGAGUUCUUUAUAACUGAUUGCCGGACGCUGGCAUUUAAAGUGCACACGUUGAUUAAGAACUAUAAGUCUUCUAAUCGUCGAAUUGGUGGUAAUUGUCAGAAGAUGAGCGAGAUGCUCCUCAUUAAACUAGACGGCAAGAGGGUCUAUGAGAAGGACGAGUUUGGCACAGAGCAGUUUAAACACUGCCAGUCCGUGAAAGAUAAACUGCUAGAGAUACAUCAUGACAUUGUCUCUGUCAUGAGAGAAAAUUUUGAGAUAUUUCGUAAUGAUGGCGGCAAUGUUCAAGGCUAUUGGAUGGAUUACACUCUGAAGAUGGAUCAAAUGAUUGAAGAGGCUUUGAGACUUAAUGUGAAGUGGUCAAUGCAGGAACUCAACCGAGCCAUUAAUGGUGAUGGAAAGACAACACCUAACCCUCUCUUUAAGAUAAUGGUCAUACUCAAUGCAGAGAUUGAGUUUAGUCCAUCCACCACUGAAAUUACUACUGACAUGUCAACACUCAUGACACAGUUGAUCAGUUGUACCGCAGACUUUCAGAGACUCUCGCAAAUAUUGAACAAAAAACCAGCCAAGCCUAUUUAUCAUGUCAUCGAGGAGGAUGAAGAGAUUCAUAAGAUUAAGGUUGCAGUGGAUGGUGGAGUGGAGAGGGUCACUGGAAUACUUCACACAGAAUAUCUCAGGACUUGGGAUGAAUUUCGACGGACCUGGUCUGGCGACAAGGACAAAUUCAUACUUCGUUUCAGAGACACUAGCCCAGGAGUUGCUGACUUUGAUGCAACAUUCUCAAAAUUCAGUGAAUUGGGCAACAAGGCACAACAAGUUGACACCAUCUGCAUUGUUGAGUUCUUAAUGUUGGACUGCUCCCUGCUAAAGUUCUCGAUACUGAGUCACAUUGAUGAGAUCAAUACGAGACUACAAAACCUUCUCAUGGAACUAGCAACCAGCAAACUGGAGGACCUCAGCAGAUAUAUGGACGAGAAUUCAAAGAGAUUAAGUACACCUCCCGAAACAUUGGAUAAUUUGGGUGAGAGUUUGGGACUGCUGGAAGACAUACAGAGGAGAAUACCAGAGAUAGAGAGACAAUUUGAGCCGCUACAAGAUCAGUUUAACAUGCUCUGCAAAUAUGAAGUUCCAAUCCCUGAAUCAAUAGAGAAACAGCUAGGUAAUAUGCAUGGGAAAUGGCUAUCAUUCCAGCAGUGUCUUAUUGACAGUGAUGGCAUGCUGAGGAAACACAAGGAGAAAUUCAAGACUGGGCUGCUACAUUCUGCCGAAGAGUUUAAGAAAACUGUCUCUAAUCUUGUUGAUGAUUUUGAGUCCAAUGGCCCAUUCACUCCUCAUGUCUCUGUUGAGAAUGCACUGGAUUUUGUAUCUGGGAUGCACCAGCAACUGAGCCAGCUCAAGUCCCAAGAGGAGAGCAUAAGACGUGGUCUCAAUAUAUUCAAGAUUGAUCAGCCACCUUCAAAUAUCAUUGUCAUAUUAGAGAAGGACGUUGAGCAUCUGGAGAUGAUAUGGGAGCUAGGGAAGGAGUGGGAGAAGAGCUGGGAGGAAUGGAAGGUCGGACAGUUUGCUUCACUUCAGACUGAGGACAUGUCUUUCCAAGCACAAGGAAUGAUCAAGAGACUCACCAAAAUAUCCAGAGAAAUAAAAGAUAAAGACUGGACUAUAUGUGGUCACCUAAAGGAACGUAUUGACACAUUCAAGAGGACCAUGCCACUCAUUCAGGACCUCAAGAACCCGGCAAUGAGAGACCGCCACUGGCAGAAACUCAAAGAUGAAGUCCAGAAACCAUUCGAUCACAGUGGACCCGAUUUCACGCUAGAGAAGAUAAUUGAGCUAGGACUGGAGCAAUUCUCUGAGGCCAUUGGUGAUAUUUCUAGUGCAGCUAGCAAAGAGCUCUCUAUUGAGCAGGCAUUACAAGCUAUUUCUGACACAUGGAAAGAUAUGGUGCUAGACAUUGGCCCAUACAAAGACAGAGGUCACUUCAGAUUAAGACCAAGUGAUGAGUUAUUCCAGCAACUUGAUGAUAAUCAGGUCACACUCUCAACCAUGAAAGCCUCAAGAUUUGUCAAAGCAUUCGAAGAAGAUGUCGAUCACUGGGAAAGGACACUAUCCCUCAUACUGGAAGUGAUUGAAAUGAUAUUACAAGUACAAAGGCAAUGGAUGUACCUGGAGAAUAUUUUUAUUGGAGAAGACAUUAGGAAGCAGCUACCAAAGGAGUCAGCGGAGUUUGAUUCUGUGAAUUCUAACUGGAUGGUUGUGAUGAGUCGUUUGAACAGUGAUCCUAAUGCACUAAGAGGAACACAUCAUGAAGGUUUAUUAGAUCUCCUAAAUGAAAUGAACUCAAAAUUGGAAGCUGUCCAGAAGUCGCUUGACAUGUAUCUCGAGACCAAGAGACAGUUCUUUCCUCGUUUCUAUUUCUUGUCAAAUGAUGAUCUCUUGGAAAUCCUCGGACAGUCAAAGAAUCCAGAGGCCGUUCAGCCUCACAUGAAGAAGUGCUUCGAUAAUAUCAAGUCCCUGGACAUGGCGAAGAUGAGGGAUCAUCACGAAGCUACUCAUAUGAACUCCGCUGAAGGAGAGAAAGUUGAUUUUAAAACUAUUGUCCGUUUAGAAGGUCCCGUAGAGGGAUGGCUCUGUGAUAUAGAGGAUAUGAUGCAUGUUACCCUCAGAGACAUAUUGAGAGCUUGUCGUACUGACCUUAAGAAGAACCUCACAAAGAGAGACAAAUGGGUCAAAGAAUGGCCAGGGCAGGCUCUCAUCACUGCCAGUCAAAUACAAUGGACGGCAGACUCUGAGAAAGCUCUCAGCCGAGGGGACAAGAAAGGAUUAAAGAGUUUAAAGAAAAAACAAAACUCAAUGUUGGAGAAAUUCUCUGAAGCUAUUAGAGGGAACUUAUCAAAACUUGACAGAAUGAAACUGGUUGCACUAGUUACUAUAGAAGUUCAUGCAAGAGACAUUAUUGACAAGCUCCUCAAAGCUAACUGCAACAGCUCAAAUGCAUUUGAAUGGCUGAGCCAGUUACGCUUAUACUGGGAACAAGAUGAUUGUGCUAUUCGUCAAACUAACACAAAGUUCCCGUACGGUUAUGAGUAUCUUGGUAAUUCUGGUCGCCUUGUGAUAACGCCAUUGACAGAUAGGUGCUACAUGACUCUAACAACAGCCCUUCAUCUUCAUCGUGGUGGCAGUCCCAAGGGUCCUGCUGGUACCGGCAAAACAGAAACAGUUAAAGAUUUAGGAAAGUCACUUGGAAUGUACGUUAUUGUUAUCAACUGCUCUGAAGGACUGGACUUUAAGUCAAUGGGAAGAAUGUUCAGUGGAUUGGCUCAGUCUGGUGCCUGGGGCUGUUUUGAUGAAUUCAAUCGUAUCAAUAUUGAAGUAUUGUCUGUCGUGGCUCAGCAGAUCCUCUCAAUUCUCCAGGCUCUGGCUAAUGAAAGCAAGAGGUUUAGUUUUGAAGGACAUGACAUAAAACUCAAUCCAUCCUGUGGCAUAUUCAUAACAAUGAACCCUGGCUAUGCUGGCCGCACUGAGCUACCGGAUAACUUGAAGAGCAUGUUCCGUCCCAUUUCAAUGAUAGUCCCUGAUUCUGCUAUGAUUUCUGAGAUUAUAUUGUUUGGCGAAGGAUUCUCCCAGUGCAAGUUGUUGGCACGUAAAGUGAACACACUCUAUGAACUGGCUGUCCAGCAGCUAUCUAAACAGGAUCAUUAUGACUUUGGGCUGAGGGCACUAGUAUCAGUCCUUAAAUAUGCUGGGAGGAAGAAGAGAGCUAGACCUGACAUGCCUGAUGAAGAAGUACUCCUACUAGCUAUGAAGGAUAUGAAUGUAGCCAAACUAACUGCUUCUGAUCUUCCUUUAUUCAAUGGCAUCACCUCUGACCUGUUCCCUGGGGUUGAUGUCCCUGUACUGGACUAUAGCAUUAUGAAAGCUGCUAUAGAGAAGGAGCUCCAAAUAGCUAAUCUUCAGUGCAUUGAGAUGACCAUCACUAAAGUCAUACAACUCUAUGAGACUAAGAACUCAAGACACGCAGUGAUGAUAGUUGGACACACUGGAAGUGGAAAAUCUGUCACUUGGAACAUGCUUAGGAACACAUUGACACGAUUGAAGAAAGAAAACAAAGGGCCACAAUACAACAUAGUGAAGGAUUACCCAAUCAAUCCUAAGUCCUUGUCUCUUGGUGAGCUCUAUGGUGAGUUUGAUCUCAAUACAAACGAAUGGACUGAUGGGGUCCUCUCCUCUGUCAUGAGGAAUGCUUGUGCAGAUGAGCGUCCUGAUGAGAAGUGGCUAGUGUUUGAUGGGCCAGUUGAUACACUUUGGAUUGAGUCAAUGAAUUCUGUAAUGGAUGACAAUAAAGUACUGACACUCAUCAAUGGAGAGAGAAUAGCAAUGCCUCAACAAGUUAGUCUUUUGUUUGAAGUGGAGGACCUUGCUGUUGCUUCACCUGCCACUGUCAGUAGAUCUGGUAUGGUCUACAAUGACUGGAGGGAUCUUGGAUGGGAGCCUUUCGUUAAAUCCUGGCUAGCAAAGAGACCUAUCAAGAAAUCUGUUGAGCCACUCCAGAAACUAUUUGACAAAUACGUAUCAAAGGUUUUAGAGUUUAGACGGACCAAAUGCAAGGAGUUGUGUGUUACCAGUGAACUCAAUUCAGUGAUAUCGCUCUGUCGCCUUCUAGACUGCUUCGCCACACAAGAGAACGGAGUUAAUGUUGAUGAUGAAGACAAUUAUCAGAGAAUGCUGGAGCUAUGGUUCCUUUUCAGUGUCAUUUGGUCACUGGGAGCUAGUGUGGAUGAAGACUCGAGAAGAAAAAUGGACACUUUUAUUAGAGAAAUAGAAGGACAGUUCCCAUCAAAGGACACUGUGUAUGAGUAUUUUGUUGAUGUGAAGACAAAGAAUUGGGUAAUGUGGGAAGAUAAACUAAAGUCUGGUUGGAGAUAUCCAUCAAAUGCUCCUUUCUACAAGAUCAUGGUCCCAACUGUGGACACUUUAAGAUACGAUUUCCUUGUCCACAAUCUGAUACUAUCAGGUCAACCCGUAUUACUAGUUGGACCAGUUGGUACUGGUAAGACUAGUGUAGCCCAGGGUGUUAUUCAGAAACUGGAUCCAAUGCAAUUCAACGUUUUAACGAUCAAUCUCUCGGCUCAGACUACCUCUAAUAAUGUGCAAGAUAUCAUUGAAGGGAAAGUUGAAAAGAGAACUAAAGGUGUAUAUGUACCAAUGGGUGGUAAGAAGCUACUCAAUUUCAUGGAUGAUUUCAACAUGCCCUGCAAGGACACGUUUGGUUCUCAACCUCCACUUGAGCUCAUCCGCCACUGGAUUGACUACGGCUUCUGGUAUGACAGACUCAAGCAAUCAGUGAAGCAGAUUAAAGACAUGUUCCUGUUGACUGCAAUGGGUCCUCCUGGUGGCGGUCGUACUGUCAUCUCAAGACGACUUCAGAGCCGGUUUAAUCUCAUUAACAUGACCUUCCCACAGGAGAGUCAGAUAAAGAGGAUAUUUGGUACGAUGAUUAGUCAGAAGUUGCAGGAUUUUGACGAAGAUGUGAAGCCCCUUGCUGAGAUCAUGACUCAAGCAACUAUUGAAGUUUAUAACUUUGUAUCUACAUCAAUGCUGCCCACACCAACAAAGAUACACUACCUCUUUAACCUCAGGGACAUUUCAAAGAUAUUUCAAGGUCUGUUAAGAGCUCAUAAAGACUUUCACGACACUAAAGACCGCAUGGCUCGUCUUUGGGUCCAUGAGUGCUACAGAGUAUUCUCUGACCGACUGGUGGGGGACAAAGACCAUGAGACUUUCAAUAAUCUUAUCGGAGAGAAGCUUGGCGUACUGUUCAACUUAUCCUUUAACAACCUGUGCAAGAACAAGCAGCUGCCAUUGUUUGGUGAUUUUCUUCGUGAGGAAAAUCCAGUCUACGAAGACAUUGAUAAUUUUGUAUCUCUAAAGAAGUUUAUGGAAGAUAAACUUGAGGACUACAACAUGGAGCCUGGCAUCAUCGGAAUGAACCUAGUGCUCUUUAGAGAUGCUAUAGAACACGUUGCUCGAAUCAUCAGAGUGAUAAGACAGCCUCGUGGUAACAUGCUCCUAGUUGGUGUUGGCGGGAGUGGUAGACAGAGUCUCAGUCGACUGUCGGCUUACAUUGUCUCAUUUUAUGUGUUUCAGAUUGAAGUGACAAGACACUAUAGGCUACAAGAGUUCAGAGAAGAUAUUCGUAAGCUUUAUUAUCAAGCCGGUGUUGAGAACAAGCCUACAGUGUUCCUGUUCACUGAUACACAAGUGGUCGAUGAAUCCUUCCUUGAGGACAUUAAUAAUAUACUCAGUUCCGGUGAAGUCCCCAAUCUUUAUAAACCCGAAGACUUUGAAGAGGUGCGUUCUGCACUCUCACCAGUGGCCAUUAAAGAAGGUAUACCUGAUACAACUGAUGCCUUGUUCUCUUUCCUAAUCGAGCGUGUUCGUAAUAAUCUUCACAUUAUUCUGUGCAUGAGCCCAGUGGGUGACCCCUUCAGGAAUCGUUUGAGGCAGUAUCCUGCCUUCGUUAAUUGCACUACCAUCGACUGGUUUACUGAGUGGCCUAGAGAUGCUCUUCUUGAAGUGGCUGAAAAGAGUUUGGAAGACGUUGACCUCAAGGGAUAUGAAGACAGUGACACUCUUCGUAAAAACAUUGCCAGUGUUUUUGUAACCAUACAUCGCUCAGUAGUGAUCAUGUCUGAAAGAAUGCUGCUGGAAAUGAAGCGUCACAACUAUGUCACUCCCACUAACUACCUGGAACUUGUGUCAGGAUAUAAGAGUCUUUUAGAUGAGAAAAGAACUGAGAUUGGUGAUCAAGCCAACAAGCUUUCCAAUGGAUUGGAUAAACUAAUAGAUACGAGAGAGAAGGUUCAAGUAAUGAAGGUUGAACUGGACGAGGCUAAAGUUAAAGUUGCUGUCUAUCAGAAGGAAUGCGAUGAUUACUUGGUUGUCAUUGUACAGCAGAAAAGAGAUGCAGAAGAACAAGAGAAAGCAGUUCAGGCUCGUAGUGAGAAGAUAGCUGAAGAUGAGAAGCGUUGUCUCGUACUAGCAGAAGCUGCUCAGAAGGAUCUUGAUGAAGCUAUACCAGCACUGGAAGAAGCUAUCAAAGCUCUGGAGGCUCUCAAUAAAAAGGAUUUAGGUGAAAUUAAAGCUUACACCAACCCACCUCCACUAGUAGCUGAGGUAAUGAGAGCCGUCCUCAUACUUCGUGAGUCCAACGACACCUCUUGGGCGGAGUCAAAGAGACAGUUAGGAGAACAAAACUUCAUCAAUGAUCUCAUCAACUUUGACAAGGAGAACAUGUCAGACAAGACACUCAAGAAGAUAGGGACUGUUGUCUCAAAGCCUGACUUUAGUCCGAUGAUUGUUGGUCGUGUUUCUGGAGCUGCUAAGUCUCUUUGUCAGUGGGUCCGAGCUAUGGAAGUGUACGGUCGAAUAUACAGGGUUGUGGAACCAAAAAGAAAGAAAUUGGAAGAUGCUCAAAGCCAACUGGCAGCAAAGCAAGCCUCACUAGCUGAAGCAAGAGGGAAACUAAAAGAGUUACAAGACAAGUUAAAAGAGCUUAAAGACCAGUACGAUGAGAAAGUAAAGCAAAAAGAAGAGCUAAGGAAGAGAGCAGAGAUGCUUGAGCUGAAGCUAGACAGAGCAGACAAGCUUGUGUCAGGACUAGCCGACGAACGCAUCAGAUGGGAAGAGAGUGUCAAGGCUCUAAGAGGCAGUAUGGUAUUUCUUGUUGGUGAUUGUCUGGUGGCUGCUGCUUUCCUCUCUUAUGCUGGUCCUUUCCUGUCCAGUUACAGAGAUGAACUGGUACAGCAAACAUGGCUGAAGCAGGUGAGAGAACUCUCCAUCCCUUGUACGCCCGAGUACACCUUUGCUAGCUUUUUGGGUAAUCCAGCGAUUGUGAGAGAGUGGAACAUACAAGGGCUUCCUUCUGAUGCCUUCUCUACCGAAAAUGGAGUCAUUGUCACUAAGAGCAACAGAUGGCCACUUAUGAUUGAUCCUCAAGGACAAGCUAUCAAAUGGAUAAAGAAUAUGGAGAAGCACAGAAAACUGAAGAUAAUAGAUCUGCAGCAGCAGGACUUCCUGAGAACAUUAGAGAACUCUAUACAAUUUGGCAGUCCUGUCUUGUUGCAGAAUGUACAAGAGGAAUUGGAUCCAUCCCUUGCCCCAAUACUUAACAAAUCACUCAUUAAGCAAGGCAAUCGGUUGUUGAUUCGGUUGGGAGACAAGGAGGUUGAGUAUAAUCCUGAGUUCAAGUUUUACAUCACAACAAAACUGAGCAACCCACACUACACUCCAGAGAUAUCCACCAAGACUGCUAUUGUUAACUUUGCCGUUAAGGAGCAAGGCUUACAGGCUCAGUUGUUAGGUAUAGUGGUUCGUAAGGAGAGGCCAGAGCUAGAGAAGAAGAAAGACGAGCUGGUAGUCAACAUAGCUCAAAGCAAUAAGAAACUGCUAGACCUUGAAGAUGAGAUUCUUAGGUUGUUGAGUACAGCUCAGGGCUCACUCCUUGAUGAUGAGAAACUGGUCAACACACUUCAGUCAAGCAAAGCAACAGCACACGACGUACAGAAUCAACUGGAAGUGAACCAGAAAACUGAAAAAGAAAUAGACACAGCAAGAGAGGGAUAUCGUCCAUGUGCUCAAAGAGCCUCCAUAUUAUUCUUUGUGAUGAAUGAUAUGGGCCGGAUUGACCCAAUGUACCAGUUCUCACUGGAUGCUUAUGUUGAACUCUUCUCUAAUUCGAUUGAUAAGAGUCUAAAGCAUCCUAAACUGGAGGAAAGGAUAGAGUAUUUGAAUGACUAUCAUACCUUUGCUGUUUAUCAAUACACAUGUAGAGGUCUCUUUGAACGCCACAAGCUUCUCUUCUCAUUCCAAAUGUGUGUAAAGAUAAUGGAGAAUGCCAGCAAACUCAACAUGGACGAGUACAGCUUCUUCCUUAGAGGUGGUGUGGUUCUUGAUCGUGAUGCUCAAAUGGACAAUCCUUGCAAAUGGUUGGAUGAUGCUCUGUGGGACAAUAUCACAGAAUUAGACAAGUUGGGUAGUUUCAUGGGUAUUGCUAAUUCAUUUGACCAGUAUCCUAGGGAGUGGCACUUGUGGUUCACUUCUGACUCACCAGAAACAACAUCACUACCUGGUGAGUGGGAGAAUUCCUGUAAUGAGCUUCAAAGGAUGUUAGUCGUUCGAUCACUUCGUCCUGAUCGUGUACCCCAGACUGUGACAUCGUUUGUUAUCAAUAAUUUAGGAGCAAAAUUUGUCGAGCCUCCUGUGCUAAAUAUGGGUGCUGUAGUUGAAGAUUCUAGUUGUAGGACUCCAUUGAUUUUUGUCCUUUCUCCUGGCGUGGACCCCACCACUGGCCUCCUCUUGCUAGCAGAGCAGUCUGGCAUGGCACAAAGAUUCCAAUCAGUGUCACUUGGACAAGGCCAGGCACCACGGGCUCGGAGAAUGAUUGAAACUGGAGCAAAAGAGGGUAAUUGGGUAUUUUUAGCAAACUGUCAUCUUUCCCUAAGCUGGAUGCCUCAGCUAGACAAGCUAAUUGAGGAUGAGCUACAAAUCAAACAGCCUCACAAAGACUUCAGGUUAUGGCUAAGCAGUAGUCCUAAUCCUGAUUUCCCAAUAUCAAUAUUACAAGCUGGCAUCAAGAUGACCACUGAACCACCAAAGGGCUUAAAGGCUAACAUGAAACGUUUAUAUCAGAUAAUGAAUGAAUCAACAUUCCCACGCUGCGAGUGUGACUUCAAAUACAAGAAGCUUCUGUUUGCCCUCUGCUUCUUUCAUUCGCUUCUAAUUGAGAGGAGGAAGUUCCUCACACUCGGCUGGAACAUCUUCUAUGGUUUUAAUGACUCAGAUUUUGAGGUUUCAGAACAUCUCCUGAGUAUAUAUUUGGACGAGUAUCCUGACACGCCUUGGGACGCACUCAAAUAUCUUAUUGCUGGUGUGAAUUAUGGAGGACAUGUCACUGAUGACUGGGACAGGAGAGUACUCUACACUUACAUUAAUGAUUUCUUUGUUGAUGACGCCAUUGAAGCAUCUUAUUACAAAUUGUCAUCAUUAAAUACUUAUUAUAUUCCUAAAGAUGGACCACUCCAAUCCUACAAGGACUACAUUAGCAGUCUUCCUAAUACGGACCACCCUGAGGCAUUUGGACAGCACCCCAACGCUGAUAUUGCCAGUCAAAUCAGAGAGACAAGGACAGUAUUGGAUACAUUGCUGUCCCUUCAGCCACAGCAAUCAGUUACAGUAGGAGAGAGCACAGAAGAUAAGGUUCUUAAUCUAGCUGCUGAUGUAUUGAAGAGGAUACCAGACCUCAUCGAUUAUGAAGGAACAGCUAAACUGAUCGCUGAUGACAUGACUCCAUUGAAUGUGGUCCUACUACAAGAGAUCCAGAGGUAUAAUGCUUUGCUUACAAUAAUGAAAGAAUCGCUCGUUGAUCUUGAGAAAGGUAUCAAAGGAUUGGUGGUGAUGUCUGCCGAUUUAGAGGAAGUGUUCAGUUGCAUCAAUCACGCACAGGUCCCACCUCUGUGGGGAAAGACCUUUCCCUCAUUAAAGCCACUAGGUGCAUGGACACGUGAUCUUGUCCUAAGAGUAGAGCAGUUCAACCAAUGGUCAACAACUGCUCAUCCUCCUAUCCAUUUCUGGCUCUCUGGCUUUACAUUUCCCACUGGUUUCCUAACAGCUGUCCUUCAAACUGCAGCUAGAAAAAACAAUGUAUCCGUCGAUUCUCUUUCAUGGGAAUUUCAUGUGUCUACGCUUGACGAUAGCAACAUAACUGACCCACCAAAGGAAGGCGUGUGGAUCAAGGGACUAUUUUUAGAAGGUGCAGGCUGGGACCGAAGGUCGUCUUGUCUCAUAGAGCCCAAUCCAAUGCAGCUGGUCUGUCCUAUGCCAACGAUUAACUUUAAACCGGUUGAGAAUAAGAGGAAACAUGCCAAAGGUAACGCAAUGCCAAUCAGUCUCUACUAUCCUUCUUCAUUUCUCAGUCAUACCUCAAGUAUAGUACACUUAUAGUGUCCUGCUUGAGUA